CACCGGCCCGCUGACUGUACCACGUGAUGCGGGGCUGACUGACUGAGGGGCCAAACUGGAAGCUUCUCCCGGAAGCUGCCGGGCGGGAGCGGGAGGCGCGGCCCACGUGACCCGGAAGUUGACGGCUCGCUGCGCAAGGUGGUGACCAUGGCUACAGGAGUAGACCAACUAGUCGGGAUGGGACUAGUGGGCUUCAGCUUGCUACUUUUCUCGUACUACACUAUAUGGGUCAUUGUGUUGCCAUUUGUGGAUGGUAGACAUAUUCUUCACAGCUAUUUCUUGCCACGAGAAUAUGCCGUGAUCUUGCCCGCUGUUGCUGGUCUGCUCCUGGUUUUAUUAGUGGGAACAUUUAUUGCCAUAGUUAUGUGGAAAAACAGAAAGCCUACAAAGAAAACAGAUUAAACAGGACUCAAAUAAGAACUGCAAGAUUACUUCAUUGUCAGCAUGUCCAGGUCAGAAAACAGAUUAACCAGAGGAUUAAAAUACAGAAGGCAAAAUAACAGAAUAAACCUGCUUCAUUGGUGGUUAUAAGAUACUGUCACAUGCUGUUUUUUGGGCAUCUGCACUACUAUCUUAAUACCUGAUUCAUGUCUGCAAUGGUAUUCCUCUGGUGCCAGUUCUGGGCAUUGUGUUCCCUGGUAUUAGCUGUUUAAUGCCACUGUGAAACGUAAACAUUUUGUUUUGUCAAAGAGAAAAUCAUAUAAACUAAACAAAAAUGUUUUUUCCAAAAUUUAAGUGCUGUUUGGACUUGUCAAUAUAUCAUUCAAAAGACAAUUUGAAAUACCAUUUGACUAAAAAAUGCUUUACAUUGGUGAGGAUAACAAAUGGACUGUUCCUACAGGUUGAAGAUCUUUAAUUCAUGAGAAGCAUGCAUCUGUUCUGAAGAUCAUAUGACCAUGUUUCUAAUCUUAAAUAUGGCUGCAAAAUUGAAGUUUUGACGUUUACCACAGACAAAUAUACAAUGAAAGAAACAGGGCAACUUUUCACGCCUUUAGAAAAAUACUUUUGAGAAUAAUCUUGCAGCUACAGUAUAUUUCAGGUAAUAGAUCACAAAGGGAUGGAUGUAAUGUAUAUCCAAUAGCAAGCUACAAAUUGCAUAAUCCGUAAACCUUCUGUUUGAAGUGUGGGGAAGAGAGAGAAAGACAUACCCAUUCCUGGAUAUAUCAGAAAUAUGUUUGAUGCAUCAAUUUCUUGUAUAAAAUGACCAAUUUAUCAAUAAUUAUGGAAAUCCAAGGACCAUUUUUAAACCUGGCAUUUCAGUUUUCUGGAGUGCUCUCUGCACAGUGGUGAGCUUUUCAAACAUUAAUUUCUCAUGAUAUGGGUUGGCAUCUAUUAUUAAUCCCGAGGUUACCUUUGAAAAGGUGAUAGACCUCUGCCAUAAACACGUAUUCUACUGUGGUGCAGUCAGUAGGACAAUUCCAGGACCUUAGUAGUGUGAAAUCGAAUGAGUGGAAGAAAAUAUCUAAGAUGCAAUAGUGUAUUACCUGUAUCAUCUGCUGUUGAUCGUGUCCCAUGUAGUCCAAAGCUCUUAGAGUUUUAGGAGAUGGAGGCAUCGGGUUUCAACGCGCUGCUGAAGAAGUCUUGUUACAAUGGAACCUGAGAACAAUACAUACCUCUUUCAGAGCGGACCGGGAGUGAAUGGACUACUGGUCAAACAUGCUGCUUCAUCCUGAAUGGUGUUUCUCUCCAUGCUGUGUAUGAAGUAAAAUCAGAGCCUGACUCUGCUUUAUUAUGUGGAACUGCAACAGCAGAGUGGUAAUUGUUUUGCAAAGUAAUCGUGGGAGUAUUACUAGUAACUUGGUUUAAUCUUACAGUGUUUUAGAAAUAACUUGAAUUGCGGGAGAGUUAUGCUGAAAAUGUUUUUUGUUGAUCACAAACACGUUUUGCAUCAUAAAUUGACAUAAUGGAAACAGAUAUACAGGAAUCAUAUUACUAAAUUUAAAUCUGCCUGCAUUUAGUCUUUUUUUACAGCUGAUUGAAGAAGCCUUAAAUCCAGUUGCAGUAUUUUAAAUAUUUUAUGCACUUAAAGAAGAAAAAUAAAAUCAUUUCAAAA